AAGAUUAAUCACAAAAUUCGGGAGUUUGUAAAGGCCAAGCAGGAUAGUAUCGGCUAGAUUUGAAGCAUUGAUUGCCUUUCACACUCUUAAGGGCCACUUGAAACUGUAUGCAUUGUUUAUCGAACAGCGGGGUGUAUAUGACUCGUAGCUUGCCCCUUGACCACUUUGGAAAUGCUGCUGCGCUUUCGGGGCUCAAGAGCUUUGCGUACUCCUUACUGAAGUCUCAUUAUCGGUCAAGCCCAACAUCUUGCUGGCAACCUUUAUCUUCCAACCUUUUUGUCAUGUUGAGGAUGCAAUUGAUUGUCAUCUUUGUAAUCCUCCGUUCGCUUGCGCAUUGUGCAAGCAUAAACACUGAUCAUACGGUACAGCCGCCUAAUCAAAACGCAGCAAGUCAGUCUCAAAGCAACACUGUACAUAUCAAUCCUAUUCCUGCUGGACGAAGACGAUCCUACCCAUCCAAUCGAAGUAGAGAAUAUUUAGUAAGUAAGGCUAGGCUAAACGUUUGUUUAAAUCUUUCUCGUUACCAACCGCAUUUGUAUUUAGACGGAUGCAGAGCGUGUUAUCGCAAGACGCAGAUACAGAAGCAAGUAUCAAUCUCAAUUCACUGGCAAGAAUAUCGAGUUAGCCAAGAAAACGCUUACAGGUACAGAUCUUCAAAAUUUUCUCAAAAGGGCUGAUCGUUUUAGAGAGAAGAAAAGACAGCAUACAAGAGAGUGGUACAAAAAUCGUAAAUCUGUUGCAACACAAGGAAAGCCUGACAAAGCGCAACAGAAGAAUCCGGUGCAACAAAAAAACAAGGCUCCAAAGCGAAAAAUGAAAGACGUCUCGCCU